AUGGCUAAAUUGACAACAGAAAGUCCUCGUCUUCGUCUUGGUGGGUUGGUUACUAUAGGUUGGGGUGUAACGUUUGCCUGCUAUUGUCCUGAGACAACUUUCUCCAUCGGGAUAGGCUGGGGUAGUUGCUGCGUUAUCUGGUUGGGUUCAG